AUGUCACCUUCCUGCCUAACACCACCUCUCCUUUUUGAAUUCAACUUGGCCGCCACUGUUCAAUCUACCCGAAUUCAACUUAGUCGCGACUGUUCAAUCGACCCCUCCUUGCCUACAUACCGUUUCCUAACAAGACAACUCCUCAACACACUCUCCGUCGCACAGCAACCACGGCUGAGCGACACCGGCUCACAACACAAAACGCCGCCUGCCAGAAUAUGCUCCCUCGUCCGACACAAUCCGCCCUACCAUGCGUCACAUUUCAACAAACAUCGACCCGAAAUCCAAAGCCGGCACCGUCCGCAUGGAAGCUGUCGAUGCAGAGGACAUGUGGCACCUGUACAAUCUCCUAGCCCCAGGAGAUAUCCUUAG